CUAUCAAUUCUAUAGAUGGCAAGACGAGGAGCUUUCUCUAGCCUCCUCUCAGGUCUCCUUGUCUUGUUGUUCUUGAUUUUAGUCUCAGCAGUCACAUAUGAUCAUCAAGAUAAACAGGUGUAUAUCAUCUACAUGGGUUCACUUCCUUCUCGAGUGGACUACACACCAAUGUCGCAUCACAUGAGUAUUCUUCAAGAGGUCGCCAGAGAGAGUUCGAUUGAAGGUCGUUUAUUGCGAAGUUACAAGAGGAGUUUUAACGGGUUUGCUGCCAGGCUCACUGAGUCAGAACGAGAACGAAUAGCCGAUAUUGAGGGAGUUGUGUCUGUGUUUCCGAACAAGAAAUUAAAACUCCAAACGACGGCGUCUUGGGACUUCAUGGGACUUAAGGAAGGUAAAGGUACGAAGCGGAAUCCGUCUGUGGAGAGUGAUACAAUUAUUGGAGUCUUCGACGGUGGAAUCUGGCCAGAAUCCGAAAGCUUUACCGACAAAGGCUUUGGUCCUCCUCCAAAGAAAUGGAAGGGCAUUUGUGCCGGCGGCAAGAACUUCACCUGCAAUAACAAGCUGAUUGGGGCAAGACACUACUCACCAGGAGAUGCUAGGGACUCUAGUGGCCACGGUACACACACCGCGUCUAUUGCGGCUGGAAACGCAGUCGCUAAUACCAGCUUCUUUGGGAUCGGCACUGGAACGGUGAGAGGUGCAGUUCCAGCUUCUAGAAUCGCUGCUUACAGAGUCUGCGCCGGGGAAUGUAGAGAUGAUGCAAUACUGUCUGCGUUCGAUGACGCCAUCGCCGAUGGUGUUGACAUCAUCACCAUCUCUAUAGGUGAUAUUAGUGUGUACCCGUUCGAGAAAGACCCGAUCGCAAUUGGAGCUUUUCACGCUAUGUCCAAAGGAAUCCUCACUGUGAACGCGGCUGGUAACACUGGUCCGGAUACGGCCUCAAUCACGAGCUUAGCACCGUGGAUGUUAACCGUUGCAGCCAGCACAGCGAACCGUGAGUUUGUCAGCAAAGUGGUUCUCGGUGACGGAAAGACACUUGUCGGAAAAUCAGUGAAUGGUUUUGAUCUCAAAGGAAAGAAGUUCCCUCUGGUGUAUGGAAAAUCUGCUGCUUCGUCUCCCUCACAAGUGGAAUGCGCCAAGGAUUGCACGCCAGAUUGUCUUGACGCAUCCCUGGUGAAGGGAAAGAUCUUGGUGUGCAAUAGAUUUUUUCCCUACGUAGCCUAUAAAAAGGGAGCUGUUGCAGCCAUUUUUGAAGAUGAUUUAGACUGGGCCCAAAUCAACGGUUUACCUGUAUCUGGCUUACAAGAAGAUGACUUUGAGUCUUUCCUCUCUUACAUUAAGUCCGCAAAGUCCCCAGAAGCGGCUGUUCUAAAAAGUGAGGCAAUCUUUUAUAAGACAGCUCCUAAAGUUCUUUCCUUCUCUUCUCGCGGUCCAAACAUCAUCGUUGCUGAUAUUCUCAAGCCGGAUGUAACAGCACCAGGACUGGAAAUUUUGGCUGCAAAUUCACCCAAGGCAUCACCGUUUUAUGACACCACUUGUGUGAAAUACUCUGUUGAAUCCGGAACUUCAAUGUCUUGUCCACACGUUGCAGGCAUAGCCGCCUACAUCAAGACGUUUCAUCCUAAAUGGUCCCCUUCCAUGAUAAAAUCUGCCAUUAUGACAACAGCUUGGUCUAUGAAUGCUUCUCAAUCUGACUAUGCAUCAACCGAGUUUGCUUAUGGAGCUGGUCAUGUAGACCCAAUAGCUGCUACUAAUCCUGGACUCGUCUAUGAUUUAACCAAAGGAGAUUACAUUGCCUUCCUCUGUGGCAUGAACUACAAUAAGACUACCGUGAAACUAAUCUCCGGUGAAGCCGUCACUUGCACUGAAAAAAUAUCACCUAGAAACCUCAACUAUCCAUCAAUGUCGGCUAAAUUGUCGGGAUCUAAUAUCUCCUUCACCGUCACUUUCAACAGAACCGUCACCAACGUCGGUACCCCAAACUCUACAUACAAAUCAAAAGUGGUCUUAAAUCACGGAACUAAGCUCAACGUCAAGGUCUCACCUAGUGUUCUAUCUAUGAAUUCGAUGAACGAGAAGCAGUCUUUCACGGUGACUGUUUCGGGAAGCGAGCUCCAUUCAGAACUGCCUUCGUCUGCAAAUCUAAUUUGGUCUGAUGGAACUCAUAAUGUGAAAAGUCCCAUUGUUGUUUAUACUGGUGACUUCUCACCACCAUCGUCAUCAUAAACCAUUAUUGUUGUUGUUAUAAUCAUUCAAUUUUGGAUGUCUAAGAACAUUGAAUAAGAUAAUUCAACU